AUAAAUAAUUGAUCCAAUAAAAAUAAAAAGAACCAAAACUCCAACAUCUUUGUAGCAAAAUGGUAGCAGUCUUCAACAAAGAACUACUGAGUUGGUACCUUAUCACCCUCAAACUGAACCAAACACUUGACAAUCGUCUCCAAAAUGCUCAAACCCCUCCCCCUUCCACAGCUACCCGAGCCAUCGAAUUUCAAGAACUCCAGAAACAACAACAUCAACCAGCUUCAUUGCAGGUCGGAAUCAAGAAAAAAGAUAAAUCUUUCAAGACUGAGGAAUUCCCCAAAUCCCCAGAAUCAGAAUGGGCAAUUAACAUCAGAGAGAAACUCGACCAAGCCAAGCAAGAAGACGAUUCCGGGUCAUGGUCUAAGCUCUCUAUUUACAGAGUCCCACUAAGCCUAAGAAAGGACGGCGACGACAAAGCUUACAUUCCUCAGAUGGUCUCCUUGGGUCCGUACCACCGUGGAAAGAAGCGCCUCAAGAACAUGGACCGCCACAAAUGGAGAGCUGUUUAUCACACCUUAAACCGUACGAAUCAGGAAAUAAAAUUGUAUCUUGACGCCAUUAGAGCAGUUGAAGAAAAGGCACGCGCUUCGUACGAGGGCUCCAUCAACCUCAGCAGCAACGAUUUCGUGGAAACAAUGGUUCUGGACGGGUGUUUCGUUCUGGAAUUGUUCCGGGGCGCGGCGGGCGGGUUUAAAGAUCUCGGGUAUGGAAGAAACGACCCGGUUUUCGCCAUGCGUGGGUCGAUGCAUUCGAUCCAGAGGGAUAUGAUUAUGCUGGAGAAUCAGAUUCCUCUCUUUAUUCUCGAUACCCUUUACUCCAUCCAGUCUGGUGAUCUUGAUCUGAGAGGAGGGGUUGUGGCUAAUUUAGCUGUAAGAUUCUUUGACCCGUUGAUGCCCUCUGAUGAACCGUUGACCAAAAGUGGUAUGAACAAGCUUGGGAAGUCAUUUGACCCGUUGACCGACUUGGCCGGCCUUCAUUGCCUUGACGUGUUCAGGAGAAGUCUUCUGAGAACAGGACCAAAACCAACUCCAAAAUUCGGGAUCAAGAAAUGGUCGAACAACAACCGGGUUGCGGAUAAACGAAGGCAGCAACUGAUUCAUUGCGUCUCCGAGUUGAGAGAAGCAGGAAUCAAGUUCAAGAGAAGGAAAACAGACAGAUUUUGGGACGUAAAGUUCAAGAACGGGUAUUUGAAGAUUCCGAGGUUGUUAAUCCACGACGGGACGAAGUCACUUUUCCUUAACCUCAUCGCCUUCGAGCAGUGCCAUCUGGACUCGAGUAAUGACAUUACGUCGUACGUCAUUUUCAUGGACAACCUUAUAAACUCCCCGGGCGAUGUGAGUUACCUGCACUAUUUUGGGAUAAUUGAGCACUGGCUUGGGAGUGAUGCAGAAGUCGCAGAGCUUUUCAAUCGGCUAUGCCAAGAGGUCGUGUUUGACGUGAACGAUAGUUAUCUUUCGAGGUUGUCUGAGCAGAUAAACCGGUACUAUGAUCAUAGGUGGAAUGCUUGGAGGGCAGCAUUGAAGCACAAGUAUUUCAACAACCCAUGGGCAAUCAUAUCUUUCUUUGCUGCUGUGGUCUUGUUGGUGUUAACUUUUGUUCAGACUUUUUAUGGAGUGUAUGGCUACUACAAACCCAUUUCUUGAUUGUCAAACAGCUUUCUGAAGUCAACCGGGAGUGUUUGAUCGAUACUGAAAUACAUAAGAACUAAGAAGUGUUGUGUCACUGUGUCUUGUGAGAUGGUCUCACAGUGACACUUGACAAAAUGAAGUGUUCUAAAAAAACUAGUACACGAUUCUUCUGAAAAGUUACAUGCAAAUUUUGAGAAGCUCAAGAAUUUAAAACGUUGGAGCAUGAGUGCUUUUACCUUUCUGGUGUGUAAGGGCAUAUGGUUACCCCUGUCCUGUUGUUUGAGGGCAUUUACUUAGUGUGUUUAUGAAUUAUGAAUUAUGAGGCAUCCAGUUUCGCAGUUUGUACUAGCGUAACGUGAAUAUAUAUAUAUUGCAAAAAUACAAGGGCAUGCAUGCUAAUGACUCAUAAUAUCUUAUACAUACAAUCUUAUAAACGUUAAUAGAAGUAAGGGCAUAAC